GGGAAAAAAAUACACAAAACAGGAUGGAAAAACCUCCCUUAUCCCCUUGCCUUGCCUUGUUCAUCCCAUCGCUUAAACCCUUCCUCCCUCUGCAACUCUCCCGCUCUUUCCCCAUCCAUGGCGUUCACUUUCUCUACCCAUUUCCCAAUUCUCACUCCCAUCCCAUCUCACUUCUCCCGGAAGCCCAUCAUUCCCCAUCAACCAUUUCUAUCACUCUACAAAACCCACUUCCGUUCCCACUACCGCCCGCGGGCUAUUGGACCCGACGGCAAGUACUAUCCAACACCGUCCAGCGACGACCCACCCGAAGCACCGGAGGACACCGCCCACGGUAUCAACAAGUUCGCGCAGAUUCACAUUCAAGCGGACCGAGCUCGCAAGGUCCAGGAGGAGGAUUUCAAGAAGCACCAAUCCAAUUAUCUCGAUGCCUUGGCUGAAUCUGAAGACCCUUCUGUAAGUCCUAACUCCUUGGAUUACGAGAACUCUGGGGACGACUUGUUUGGGGAGAUUGAUAAAGCUAUUGCCCUGAAAAGGGAAGAAUUCAUUAAGAAGGGGCUGUUGAAACCGAACCCUAAGAAAGAAUCUGUAGCAGGGGAAAACGGAAAUGUGGUUAGUGGAAUUGAGGAGCUGGAGCCAGAGGAAGUGGGGGAUUUGGAAGAGAUUGAUGAAUUACAAGGUGUUAGAAUUGUGGAUGCUGACUCAGAUGGGGAUGAAGCCACUGGGUUUGAAGAGGGAAUUGAUGUACCCGGUGGUAAAUCCGAUACUGGGUUAUCUUCGGACCAGUCUUUCGACCUCGAUUUCGACAGUUUUGGAAAAUUGAAGGUGAAUGUUGUUGAACCAAAGUUCAGGAUGAGUCUAGCUGAGCUUUUGGAUGAUAGCAAAGUGGUUCCUCUCUCAGUUUCUGGCAAUUUGGAGGUAGAGAUUACAGGAAUUCAACAUGAUUCCAGACUUGUCACUGCUGGCGAUUUGUUCGUCUGCUGUGUUGGGAAGAGAACUGAUGGACAUUUGUAUUUGAGUGAAGCUGAUAAGAGAGGAGCUGUUGCAGUUGUAGCCAGUAAAGAGAUUGAUAUAGAGGAGACAUUAGGGUGUAAAGCAUUGGUGAUAGUUGAAGAUACCAAUGCUGUUUUGCCUUCUCUAGCUGCUGCCUUUUAUCGGUAUCCCUCCAAAAAUAUGUCUGUAAUUGGGAUAACCGGGACAAAUGGGAAGACAACCACAGCACAUUUGAUUAAAGGGAUGUAUGAAGCAAUGGGGUUGAGAACUGGGAUGUUGAGUACAGUUUCUUAUUAUUUACAUGGCGAUACCAAAUUGGAGUCUCCAAACACAUCUCCAGAUUCUGUCUUGGUUCAGAACUUGAUGGCUAAGAUGUAUCAUAAUGGGACAGAAGCUGUAGUGGUGGAGGCAUCUUCUUAUGGGUUGGCAUUAGGGAGGUGCAAUGAGGUAGACUUUGAUAUUGCUGUGUUUACCAAUUUGACAAGAGAUCACUCUGAGUUCCCAGGAACUGAUGAAGAAUAUAAGGAUGCUAAGGCUAAGCUUUUUUCUAGGAUGGUUGAUCCAGAGAGGCAUAGGAAAGUCAUUAACAUCGAUGACCCAAAUGCUCCUUUCUUUAGGUCACUAGGGAAUCAAGAUGUGCCUGUUGUAACCUUUGCAAUGGAGGAUAAGAGUGCUGAUGUUCAUCCCUUGAAGUUUGAGCUGUCGCUGUUUGAGACACAAGUGUUGGUUAAUACCCCCCAGGGGAUAUUGGAAAUUUCCUCAGGGUUACUUGGGAAGCACAACAUUUACAAUAUCUUAGCUGCUGUGGCUGUCGGGAUUGCUGUUGGGGCUCCAUUAGAAGAUAUUGUAAGAGGUAUUGAAGAGAUUGAUGCAGUACCUGGUAGGUGUGAGCUAAUAGAUGAGGAGCAGGCGUUUGGGGUAAUUGUGGACUAUGCUCGUACUCCAGAUGGUCUAUCUAGAUUGCUUGAUUCAGUGAGGGAGCUUGGGCCUAGGAGAAUUAUCACUGUUAUUGGAUCUUGUGGCGAGAGUGAAAGAGGCAAAAGGCCACUGUUGACAAAAAUCUCAACAGAUAAAAGUGAUGUAACUAUGCUAACAUCAGACAAUCCGAGAGGCGAAGAUCCAUUGGAUAUCUUGGAUGACAUGCUGGCUGGAGUAGGAUGGACAAUGCAGGAAUAUUUGAAACAUGGGGAGAAUGACUAUUACCCUCCUCUCCCAAAUGGCCAUCGUCUUUUUCUACAUGAUAUUAGACGUGUAGCCGUGCGUUGUGCUGUUGCUAUGGGUGAAGAAGGCGAUGUGGUUGUUGUUGCGGGUAAAGGCCACGAGACAAAUCAGAUAGAAGGAGACAAGAACGAAUUCUUUGAUGAUCGGGAGGAGUGCCGGGAAGCAUUGCAGUAUGUCGACGAGCUCCACCAAGCAGGGAUUGAUACAAGCUUCCGGAAAGCCAUUGACUUCGUCACCAAACUUCUGGUGCAAGUAAGCCUGAAGCUUGAGAAUCAUGUGCCAUGGAGCAGGCAGCACUGCAGGAAUGAAACUCCCCAUAAAAACAGAACCAGAAUCUCUAAUUCUCUGAAUGUGGAAUAUCAUACACAGAAGAGAAUUUGGUGGAUUUGA